CCCUUUUCCGCCACACAGGAAAACAUGCACGUGCGUCACGCAUGGCUAGUCUAGCCCGUGACCACCAUAUGUUAUUCACGAGGGUUCGUCGUCUUCUUUUUCUCUCUCAUUGUGAACUUUCAUCAAACACAGUCAGAGAGAUUGCAGAGAUAUGGAUAUGCUUCAUUUUUCGCACUGUCUUGCUCUCUCACACUGAUUCUGCAAACACCUGAUGUUUCAUAAGUAAAUCAUGUUGAAGCAAGUAUCCAAUAGAAACCAGAGGACAAAAGGCUUCAAGGUAAAACAAGGUUUUAAAAUAUUUACUUUGAUUGUUGCUGGCAUAUGGUUGCUUCACCAACUCAAACAGCACUCACAUGAAAAGAUGCCGUACGAGGAAACCUCUGCAAAAACAUUUGAGACUCUGAAGGUUGGUUCUGAAACUAAAAGGCUUGGAAGAAAAGGGUUGCAACCACGGUCAAAUGAUAAACUGUUCGAAUUGGAGGAUACUGAAGAAAACGAACUUGAAAGGGAUGAUAGCAUUGUUGGACAUGAUGGAGAAAGAACUGAAGAGGAAGAAUCUGAGGAAGUAGAAGACCUUAUUGAUGAACAAGAUAAAGAGAAGGAGGAGCAAAAUGAAGACGAAGAUAGUGAAGAGAUGGGAAAACAGAUGGAAGAUAUGAGCUUAUUAGAGGAUGAAGGUCAUGACGAAGGUGAAAAUGAUACACAAUCAAAAAGUGAGAAAUAUAACAAAGAGACUGGAGCAUCUAGGGUUUUCAUGAGGAUGACAAAAAGUUUAGGUUCUGAAUUUGAAUUUGGAGAAUUGAGAAAAGUAAAAGAGGAACAGGUGGGGAGUUCAAAAGGGCUUGACACAGAAAAGCAGAAGAAGAAAAUCAUGGACUCAAGCAAAGUCAUUGGCCACAGCACUGAUUCAUUUCCAAAUGUCUUAGCAACAAAAGGAAUAAAUGAUGUGCUUGAUUUUGGUGCUGGAUCAAAGAUUCGUUACUUAAGGAAUGAUUUUGAUAGUGCAACCUAUAGUAUGCCACGAUUUAACAUGGGUGCUCUUAGAAACUUUUUUUCCUUUGAAAUGGGACAGCUUCAUGAGAGGAAAAAUAAAAGUCACUUAGAAUUUGAAUGAGGAGAAAUUGGAGAAAAGCAUUGUAUCAAGUUAUCAAUAACAACUGUAGAAAUGAACUCAAUAACGAGCUGAAUAAGCAGACCCUUUCUGAGACACAACAAACCAAACUAAGUAUCUGCUUUAAAAUAAUGUCUUGUACGCCGUUUUCCUUUUUCAGACUGUAAACAAUUUAUUCAUACUUUCUGCUA